AUGUCUAGAAAGAUCAUCGUUGCGGCCGCACAAGUCGGCGCAGUUCACAAAGGAGCAGAGAAGAAGGAGACAGUGGAACGAUUGAUCAAGCUCUUGCACGAAGCAGCAGAGAAGAAAGUACAGCUCGUGGUAUAUCCCGAAGCCACUCUCACGACAUUCUUCCCACGUCACUUCAUCGAAGACCAGGAGGAGCUCGACAAGUAUUUCGAACAUGGCGAAGACAUUACACAGUCUUCCGAUGUGAAACCAUUAUUCGAGGAAGCGAAAGCACUUGGCAUCGAUGUCAGCAUCGGAUAUGCCGAACGAACACCAGAAAGUACUGGAUACAACACAUCAGUCUACUACUCCGCAUCUGCGGACAAGAUUAUAAGCAAAUACCGCAAAGUCCACCUCCCAGGCCGCGUUGAGCCAUUCGAGGAUCCAAAUGCCACCAAUCAGUUAGAAAAGAGAUAUUUCAAACCUGGCGAUUUAGGCUUCAAAGCCUUUCGCGCAUCAGGUCUGGUCCAGGACGCAUUGAAGAAAUCCGCAUCUACUGCGAACAGCGAAAACACAGAUGGUAAAGGCGACCCCAUAAUGGGAAUGCUAAUCUGCAACGAUCGACGUUGGCCCGAAGCAUGGAGAGUCUACACUCUGCAGGGUGCUGAGAUUCUCAUGUUCGGGUAUAACACUGGAUCGCAUAUGAGCCAUCUCUGGGGAAGUGCGAAUACGAUGACACCCGAAGAGCAAGAAAAGGAGGCAUUGUUCCAUUCGAGGCUGGUGCAGCAGGCGAAUAGCUACAUGAAUGCUUGCUUCUCGAUUUCCGCUGCGCGUUGCGGCGUCGAUGAUGGAAAGUAUGAUCUGAUCGCAGGCAGUUCAAUCGUGAGUCCGGAGGGGCAAGUGCUUGCCGAGGCUAAGACAAAGGAGGAUGAGUUGGUCGUGGCUGAGAUUGAUCUUGCGGAAUGCAGGAAGGGGAAGGAGAAGACUUUCGAUUAUGGGCGGCAUAGGAGAAUUGAGGCGUACUCUCUGAUCACUGAGCAGACUGGCGUGGUGGAGCCUCCAUUACUCGAUUGA